AUAACUCGUCUAAACAAAUUUCGAGUGCUCUGAUUUUUCUCUCUUCCUUGCUCCUUCCUUCCACCGGCAUGAAUCAGAAAACAUGGCCGGCGACCAAGUCCAGUUCCGACGGCCUUCGUCGUUUCACCGCUUUCCCUUUCAUCAGAAAACAGACCCAUCUUCAAAAUCGUCCAUCGGAAAACCCCUUUUCCGAUCACUCCAAAAAGAUCAAUACAACAACUCCUCCAUCAUCAUCAAAUUCUUGUUGCAGUAGUAGUAGUAGUAGUAAUCAGUACUGCUACAAUCAAGACUUUUCUCAGCUACCCUACGAUAUUAUCUUGAAAAUUGCUGCUAGGUUUUCGCUGUCGAAUGUACGGGCAUCUUCUCUAGUAUGCAGGUCUUGGUGCGAGGCACUUCGACCUUUAAGAGAAUCUAUGGUUUUUCUCAGAUGGGGUAAGAGAUUUAAGCAUGGAAGAGGUGGGGUUAAGCGUAAUUUGAGUAAAGCCCUUGAUUCUUUCCUUAAAGGAGCUGCUCGUGGGUCUACACUAGCUAUGGUGGAUGCUGGGUUACUUUAUUGGGAGUUGGGGAAAAGAGAAGAAGGGAUUAGUUUGUACAGAAAAGCUGCUGAGCUUGGUGACCCUGCUGGUCAGUGCAAUUUGGGGAUUUCUCUAUUGCAAGUGAAUCCUAUGGACCCCAAGGAAGCUGUUAAAUGGCUUUAUAAAGCUUCCGUUUCUGGUCAUGUUCGUGCUCAAUACCAGCUUGCACUUACUUUACAUAAAGGUCAUGGUCCGAAGAGAAAUCUCCAGGAAACGGCAAAGUGGUACUUGAGGGCAGCAGAAGGUGGAUAUGUCCGCGCUAUGUAUAACACAGCAUUAUGCUACUCGGUUGGAGAAGGUUUAAUGCAGUCUCAUGAAUUAUCAAGAAAAUGGAUGAAGAGAGCAGCUGAUCGAGGUCAUAGCAAAGCCCAGCUUGAGAAUGGGUUGAGUCUGUAUUCUGAUGGGGAUAGGAUGCAAGCUGUGGUAUAUCUGGAACUUGCUGCUCGCGCUGGUGAAGCUGCAGCUCAUCCCGUGAAAAAUGUUAUACUUCAACAGAUGUCGACUUUUUCUCGAGAUCACGCUAUGCUUCUUGUCAAUAGCUGGCGCUCUUUACCUUCAUCGCACUGAUAUAACCCUAUUAUCGUCAACUUCAUACAGUUCAAUCAAUGUAUAACUUUGACUUCUUGAAGUAACAGAAAUGUAAUAUAAGAUUUCAUUUUCCCCUGCA